AGGAGGGAGGCAGUGAGGGAAUAGAGGGGUGUGAGCGCUGCUGCUCUCAGGCAACAAGGAGGAGGUGGAGGAGUGAUUUUAUCGGAGCCCCGCUCUCGGCCAGUGUACCUCGGCUAGCGGCGUGUGUGUGACUGGAGACUCGAGCAGCCCGGGGCAGGUGGCUGUUGGAAGGAGCGCGCGGGAGAGGUUCGAGAGCCGCCUAGAGCGCCAGAGACUGUGACCCGUGCGGCUGCAGACGUACGAUGGUGAAGUGUGAUAAGUGAUCUGAUAACCGAGAAGCUUUACAAUGCCCAAAACAUUGUCCACAAAAGCCAUCCCAAGUGAGAACUCAGACAGUGACUGCAACACUAUGGUGGAAAAACCAGCCGGAAGGAAGAAUAAGGAGAAGAUUACAUCUUACAGCAGAACGCCUAAACUGGACCGGAACGACAUUAGCAAAGAUGCAAAGGAAAAGUCUUCCAUGAAACGCAAGCUUCCCUUCACGCUCAGUCCAUCCAGAACCGAAGACCGGGAAUCUGACACGGAUUCAGAACCAGGAAACACAAGUGAAAACUGGGGCGAGCGGUUAACUCCUUUCAGCACAUAUGCAGAGAAAGAAGGUCCAGAGAAAAAGAAAAUGAAGAAAGAGACCGGCACCAAGAAAUCUACUCCCGUUAAUAUCCUCUUCGGUUACCCGUUAUCAGAGCGCAAGCAAAUGGCUCUUCUGAUGCAAAUGACAGCUAGAGACAACAGCCCAGAUUCCACCCCAAAUCAUCCUUCUCAGGCAACACCUGCUCAAAAGAAAACACCCACAUCUUCUACACGUCAGAAAGACAAAGUGAAUAAAAGGAACGAGCGUGGGGAGACCCCGCUGCAUAUGGCUGCCAUACGAGGAGACACGGGACAAGUGAAAGAGCUCAUUCGUCUGGGCGCUAAUGUCAAUGUUAAAGACUUUGCAGGCUGGACACCACUCCAUGAAGCAUGCAACAUGGGCUAUUACGAUGUUGCAAAGGUUUUGAUAGCGGCCGGGGCGGAUGUAAACACACAAGGCCUGGAUGAUGAUACGCCUCUUCAUGAUGCUGCCAGCAGCGGGCAUAGAGAUAUUGUAAAGCUGCUUCUUCGACAUGGCGGAAAUGCAUUUCAAGCAAACAAGCACGGUGCGCGGCCUGUUGAUGUAGCUGAAACAGAAGAAUUGGAGCAGCUGUUGAAGCGGGAAGUGCCCAUCUCAGAUGAUGAAGAAAGUUAUGCAGAUUCUGAAGAGCCACACUUUACAAAUCUUUCAAGCGUGGAUGAAAACCUAGACUCAGAAGGUGACAAGGAGUCUCUCGUUAGUGAAAGCAAGCAUGUUACAACCAAAGGAACACCUUGCGUUUCAGGACUGGAUGAGUACGAGUUUAAAGAUGAUGAGGAAGAGGAAGAAGACCCUGAAAUAAACAAGAUGCUGGAAGAUAAACGCGUACUUCGGAAUGAUCUAAAAAAGGAAAACGCAGAUGCAAAUGAUACAUUCUUUGUAAAGCACGACAAAGUGGAUUUUCCCAAAGUCUAUAAAAACAGAAAACCGAAGCCAUCUCGGUUGUUGUUCACGAGCUCUGACAGUUCAGAUGAGGAUUUGCUUCCUGAUAAAGUGAGUCUGAAUUCUGACCUGAGAGUUAAAAAGGAUUACAGUGUUUUAAAUGACCAGAAAGAGAAGGGCAAAGUCAAAAGGAAACUAAAGAAUCAAAGCAAAAACAAGGAAAACCAAGAACUAAAGCAAGAAAAAGAGAAAAAAGAAAAUGUGAAAGUAGUAAAUUUAGUAAUGUGCCCAAGUUUAGACACUCUAGAUAAAUCCAGAGAGGAGGAUAUAUUUAGGAAAUCUAUAUGUACGAAAGAUGAAACGUCUUUGCACUUAUUUCAGAUCGCCUCCGCCAAAUCCCCUAAACACUCUUACACGUUUGUCGACAAACAGUCGGCCCCCCUCAAGCAGGAAAACACUAAAAUGUGCGUGUCACCACCAGGAGGAUCUGAGACGUCUUUGCAGACUGAGCUUUUUCGGUAUGACCAGAGCCCCGAAGCUGAAUACUCGUUGGAAAGUUCAAGUUCUACGUUUUCCAAAUACAAGGAAAAAAGCAAACAUCUCAAAGAAUUCUUUAUUGACUACGGGGAAAAGCCUAGUACCAAAUGUAAAGAGGAUGAUAAGAACCCAUUUGAGGCUUCGGAAUCCAUGACAAAAAAUGACAAAGAUGGUAAAGUGGUAAAAAAGCACAAGGUUAAGCACAAAGAGAAAGAGAAGAUAAAAAGAGAGUGUGAAUUGGAGAAAGAGAGAGGCAAGCAGAGGGAGAACAAUAAAAAUGUGCAAAGGAAUAUAGAGUUUGACAGAGAGUUCUGGAAAGAAAACUUCUUUAAAAGCGAUGAGAAUGAUGAAGAAUUUGCGAGCGUGGAUACAAAAACCACAUCCCCGGAAAAAAAAGCCAAGGCUGAGAAAUCCCCAACAAAAGAAGAUAAAGCAAGAGAAAACCAUGUUCACUUAGAGAGCUCUAAAGACGAACAUGAAGAGGCAACAAAAAGGGAAGAUAAGGGGAGAGAGUGUAGUAAUGACACGGAAUAUCAAAUAUUGGAAAAAGAAAUGGAGACUUUGCCGGCAAAUGCAUGUGUCAAGGAAGAGCCGUUAUACAUCGAAAGAGAUGUAGACUCGGAGAAAACAUUCAAAGACGCUAGAGAGAAAAAUGAAAAGAGAUUAGCCCUUAAGGAGAGAGACAUGGAGAAGCCAGAGAAAAAAAGCAUUGACAAGGAUAAAAAAGCUAAAUCAGAAAAAGAAAAACCCGACAUACAGGAGAACGCAGACAAACUGAAAACUCACGUUCCUUCAACGGAUAAAUUACAAAAAGAAAAUAAAACAAAAAAUUCAACAGUCUGCAAAAAAAGUGAUGACAAAGAGAAGACAAAAGACAAGAAGGCUGACAAAAAUGAGAAAGACAAGCAUCCAACAGACUACAAACUCUGUGCGGAUAAAAAGAUAAAACAGGCAGAAAAGGAUGCGGACCUUGGUAAAUCAGACAAGGCAAAGCAUAAAGAAAGAGACUAUCGGAAAAAAGACAAGUCACGAGAAGGAGAUUACCUUGUUUCUUCCAGCUUAAAGCACAGUCAAGAAGACCGUAAACAAAGCAGCUCGGAAAGCAGCAGACUACAACAUGAAAGGCUUUCCGUUAUCAAAGACAAGUCAAAAGAGGAGCAACUGAAAAUUUCUGACUACAAGGAAAAAGAUCGCAAGGACAAAGAGAAAGAUAUCGAUAGGUACAAAGAGCGAGAUAAACACAAAGAUAAAACACAAACAAAUAUACCGAAACUCAAACCCAAAGACGCCGAAUCUGAAAAAUGUAAGCCGAAGUUACAAUCGUCAUCAAAAGAUGCUCGGCCAAAAGAAAAAAGGUUGGUCAACGAUGAUCUCAUGCAAACUAGUUUUGAACGCAUGCUAAGUCUCAAAGAUUUAGAAAUCGAACAGUGGCAUAAAAAGCAUAAAGAAAAAAUAAAGCAAAAGGAGAAGGAAAGGCUACGGCAUCGAAACAGUGCUGAGCUAAGCAAAAUCAAAGAAAAAGAAAAACUGAAGCAUUCACUUACUCCUUCCAAAAACAAGGAAUUGAUGAGGUCAAAGAGCUCAGAAUUAUCCGAUGUUUCAGCAAAAGAGAAGUUAUUGAAAGAUGCCACCAGUUGCAGAUCCCAAUCUGUCGAUGCAAAAACCCAUUCUGCAAAAACACUGUUGGUUUUGGAAAAUAACAAUAUCGCUCGGUCACCUAGAUCAGAGAGUGAAAAAACUGGCCUUAGCUCUCGAUCGAUAUCUUUGAUUUCUGUUGCCAGUUCAGAAGACUCUUGCCACGCAACUGUGACUACUCCACGACCUACGAUUGAAUAUGAUUCCGACUUUACCCUGGAAGGGUCCGACUCCCAGAUGUCUUUUUCACAGUCGCCCUUUUUACCGUGCGCCAAGUCACCGGCCGUUCACGACAGAGAAUUAGACAAUGUCGCAGAGUUACCAGAACGUGCUAAAGCACCCAUACCAAACCGCCUUUUCCCAAAUUAUUUCCGCUCGGCCUCUGUUGAAGAUGUGAAACUGGCUAUUGGGGAAUGCAGGCCUGUUGUCGAAGUACGUCGAUGCAGCAUGCCGGCUGCCUUUGUUGAUCACCUUAAGCCAUUGCAGACUGUUUCGGAGAGUAGCAUACCAGAAGUGAUACCAUCCAGUAGCUGUGUAUCCCCAAAACCAGAAGUAUUAGGUGCUCCAGACAAGGAUUGUCAGAGUAGUAUUUCCAGCUGUCAUUCCAACAGUAAGAAGUCAUUAUCUUUUAGUAAACACUCUCUAGAUUCAAAUAUCGUUGUCCAGACCUCACAAGCCUCUGAAGGAACUUCCACUCAAAAUGGGCCAGAUGUAAUUGCGUCACCGUUGGUAAUGCCUUGUAGCUCAGAAUGUGAACCUUCUAAGCAUUCUGAACAAGACCCUCCUGACACAGACACCGAUAGCAAAGCAUCUCUAAACUUGCUGUUUACCAGACAAGAAAAUACAAAAUCUGGAACAAAUGAAUCUUGUGUCUUGAUUUCCCCAACAAAAUGUCUGUCGGCUACACACCCUACAGAAACUCUGUGCACGCUAAAAUCACAAGUGCCCCCCAAUAUAAAUGAAGAGCACACCGCCUUGAGUGUCAGCUCUAAUCUUGUCACAAGGGAUGAACCGGGAGAGACUGAACCUAAACUCGUGGAAAUUGAGAAUAUUUCAGCGUCCUCUACGCAGAGCUCUGAAAAUUCUCAGACUGCAGAAGCGAUUAAAACUGUCCAAUCAGAAUGUUCUGUGGAGCAAAUACCUAGUAUGGGUGAAGCUUCUGACCAGGGGAGCAUGGACUUAAAGGAAAGCACUGUAAGUACCGUUCAAGUAAAGGAAGAGGAUAUUUCCAAAGGCAGCACAGAUAGCUGUCCAUUGUCCCUGAAAGAAGACCCGUGUGUUCCGGAAAAUACAUCUGGACCCGCUUUAAUUAACAGUAAAUGUGAAAGUGAUGCAAAGUUGUGUCAUCUCACAGAAACAACAAAAGAACAUCAUGUCAACCAGCAAGCACGUUCUGGACACAUGAAGGAGUCUGUGCAACGAAACGUGGAUCAGCCGCACCAUACUUUGUCUGUUUUAGAAAGUCACCUACCCCCAAUGGUUCAGGAAGAGAUGCAAAAACUAAACCAGCCCAUCAAGAUGGAAGUUGAUGAAAGUACUGAAGACAAACCAGAGCAGCAAGAGAUCCCUCAAAGAAUGACGAGGAACAGAGCCAACAUGCUGGCUAAUCAGAAUAAACAUACACAAACUACUUAUCCACAAACACCUGAAAAGGAGCCUGUAGAGACAUCGAUAUCUCUCAGAGGACGGAUUCGACUAACCGAAGAUGACGAUGCACAAGUGCAUCCGCCACGUAAAAGAAAGAUGGCGCGUGUCCCUCAGCCAGGGCUUCUCAAUUCCUCAAUACAGCAGGCAAAGGAAAAAACCCAGCAGUCUCUUGCAGCUGUAGUAGAUUCCUUAAAGCUGGAAGACAUACAGCCAUAUCAAUCGGAAAGAGCAAAUCCUUACUUUGAAUAUCUACACAUAAGGAAGAAAGUAGAGGAAAGGCGUAAAAUGCUUUGCAGCGUCAUCCCCCAAGCACCCCAGUACUAUGACGAGUAUGUGACUUUUAACGGAACGUACCUUUUGGAUGGAAACCCUUUCAGCAAGCUGUGCAUUCCAACAAUUACUCCGCCGCCAUCUCUCUGUGAGCCACUGAAAGAACUUUUCCGACAACAAGAAGUUGUGCGCAUGAAACUCAGAUUACAGCACAGCAUUGAACGGGAGAAGCUCAUCGUGUCUAAUGAGCAGGAAGUUCUGCGUGUGCAUUAUCGAGCGGCGAGAACUUUAGCUAACCAAUCCCUUCCCUUCAGUGCCUGUACCGUACUGCUGGAUGCCGAGGUGUACAAUGUCCCCCAGGAGUCCCAGACUGAAGACGGCAAAGCUUCUGUACGAGAUCGUUUUAAUGCAAGGCAAUUCAUGUCUUGGCUGCAGGAUGUUGACGACAAAUUUGAUAAACUAAAAACAUGCCUCCUAAUGAGACAGCAGCACGAAGCAGCGGCCCUCAAUGCCGUUCAAAGAUUAGAAUGGCAGCUGAAGCUCCAGGAGCUUGAUCCAGCCACGUACAAGUCUGUCAGCAUCUACGAAAUUCAAGAGUUCUACGUCCCGCUGGUGGAAGUCAAUGAUGACUUUGAAUUGACGCCUAUAUGACAUUGCCGUAUUCUGCAGCUGCCUCCAAA